CUUUCAAUUUACAAAAUCACCUAAUUUGUUAAAAUUUUCUUUUCUCUCUCUAUCUCUUUUAGAAAAAAGUGGAACCUUGGAAACUUUAUACCAUGGUUACCGGUCUACUAUCCAUAGAUUUAAUUAUUCUACUAGCCUGGCAAAUCUUUGAUCCUUUACAAAGAAUAUUAGAAACAUUUCCUUUAGAAGAUCCUCUAUCAACGACUGAUGAUAUUAAAAUACGUCCAGAGUUGGAGCAUUGUGAGAGUGAAAAGAAUUCCAUGUGGUUGGGCCUUGUUUAUGGUUACAAAGGUUUAAUAUUGGUCUUUGGCCUUUUUCUGGCUUAUGAAACGCGCUCUAUAAAAGUUAAACAAAUAAACGAUUCGCGUUAUGUGGGCAUGAGCAUUUAUAAUGUUGUGGUCUUGUGUUUAAUUACGGCACCAGUGGGUAUGGUCAUCGCAUCACAACAGGAUGCUUCAUUUGCAUUUGUGGCAUUGGCUGUGAUAUUUUGUUGUUUCUUAAGUAUGUUGCUGAUAUUUGUGCCAAAGGUUAUUGAAGUUAUACGACAUCCUAAGGAUAAAGCUGAAUCGAAAUAUAAUCCCGAUUCGGGUAUAUCGAAAGAAGAUGAAGAACGUUAUCAAAAAUUGGUAACGGAAAAUGAAGAACUGCAACGUCUG